AUGCUCAGAUUAUCCUCAAACUCCUCAGAUUAUCCUCAGACUACUCCUCAAACUCCUCAGUCUAAUCCUCAGACUCCUCCUCAGAUUAUCCUCAAACUCCUCAGACUACUCCUCAAACUACUCCUCAGUCUAAUCCUCAGACUCCUCCUCAGAUUAUCCUCAAACUCCUCAGAUUAUCCUCAAACUCCUCAGACUCCUCCUCAGAUUAUCCUCAGAUUAUCACUUUACAUAUAUAUAUAUCGAUAA